UGGCAUCGCUGGAGGAGUUCGAAACGAUUCUCAAGGAGGUCGUCAAUGCAAAACGCUUGUCUGCGUCCAAAAUGACACAACUGACGGACCUUGCCAUGAAAAACAUGGACGACGACACUCAACUCGUUUCUAUUCUGUACCGAACCCAUAAGUCGCUUUCUACCACGACUUCCAAGAUCUCCAGUCUCUAUAUCUUCGAUGCCCUCUCUCGAGCGGCGAAACAUCACUCCUCCAAGCAUGGAAUCACAGGAGACAUUUAUACUCAACCUGGCAAUUCUGCCACCUUUCUCUUGAAAGUCGCCGGUGUUGUUGAAGGCUUAUUUCAAGAUAUGGUGGCCUCCGGUAACUCAGAAGCAAAGGAAAAAACGAAAAAGAUCCUUGACAUCUGGGGGAAGGGAAACACGUUUACAGCUACGAUAUUGUCUCGCUUGUCGGAUAUUUUGAAGGAGACAGAGAAAGGUCUGGAACCCAAGACAAUAGCUACUGAUCCUCGGAUAAACCCGUCGACUACUCAAAUGCCUUCGCAAUCAAGUAGCAUUCCACCGAGCGGUCCAAAUCACAGCCCUCCAGUCCCAGUCGCCACGUUAGACGCGCAAGCAGCCCUACUUGCUUUGUUAACUCAAGCAGCUGGUAAUCCAAUAGUUUCGCAGAUUGCGGCUGCCGCGACGGCAGUACCCGCUUCUCAGUUAGACGCCGCUCAACUGGCGGUUAUCCAGCAGUUAGCUCAUACGGCUGCUUCUGUACCAUCUGUUUCGCAAUCCUUACCCCCUGCUGAACCUGUAAAUGUCCAGAAAUUCCCGUCAUCUUCGGGUGUGAAUGGUAGUUCGCGCUCUCCGGCCUCCUUCCGAGAUGAGCCUCGCAAAAUGGCAAGAAGCGAUCAAAGCCAUAGCGGAUACCGUAGUCCCGAGACCGAUAUACGACCUAACCCUCAUGUUGACGAUCGUGACAAUGCGAGAGGAAGGUAUAGAGAUGGGUUUCGCAGCCGCGGCCGCGGUGAUAAAUUCGGUCGCAACUGGGAUGAUCGUGACCGUGACCGUUAUAGAGAUUCAGAGAGAAAUGCAAGCCCUCUGCAUGGUAGAGGAGGAAGAAGCCGUUCUCCGAGUCCUCCAAGUAGAUAUGGUGACAGGAGGGGGCCGAGAUCCGGCAGUCCGCCUCGUAGGCUGCUAGCAGCGUCGCCACCUUCUUGGCAAUCCGACACAUCUACUUCACGGCCACUUGAACAAGGGAAAGACGAAUUCGGCAGAGAUAUACGCCCAGAGUCGCCCAAAUCCCCUGUAAUAAACUACCAGUCUCCUCCUCACUUCCCGAAUUCUCCAAUCCAGCCCAAGCCGACACCUUCAGUUGAUCCCAGAUUGCCACCGACCCUCACCAAGUCACCUAUUCACGACUCUGAAACUGACCAUAAUUCUGUAUCCCCUUUGGUAACCGCGAAUACAUCUUCAGGCAUCUCGAGUGCAGCAGCAGGCGCCCAGCCACCAUCUACCGAACAGGACAUGGACAGUUUUAAUCUUGCGACCUUCGAUUACACCUCCCCCGCUUCGUGGGAAGCGCUCGGAAAAAGGUGGCAGGUUACUCAUGGGUAUCUGCCGUCGACAGAACAACUCAUGCAGUUCGUCAUCGCAUUAGGCACUGGGCAGCAAAUGGAUACCUCUGUUGAAUCUGAAUCAUCUAACCAGGGAUGGAAUCAGCAAAAUUAUGCCCCGGCAACUCGGGGAAGAGGGAGGGGAAGAGGAGGGGUUUUCAGAGGUCAAGGCCGAGGAGGGAACCCAUACGGCAAUGCCCGAAAUCUCGAGGAAGGGUUUGGAGAGUAUGGAAGCAGUGCUCAUACCACUGACGCUAUUGUGCUCGGCGGAGGCGAGGAAGAAGACCCUAGGCAGGAUUCAACAUCAAAGCACACCCAAGGAUCAUUCGACACACAACAAAGCCAGAACACCACGGUCCCAAGUACAGGACGUAUGCAAAAGGUCGGAGAUAAAUGGGUGUUUGUGCGGGCGCCAAUGGACAUUUCAUCAUAGC